AUGCGACAAUGGAAGGAUCUUAUCGGGAUACCACACAGGGAUCGAGCGCCGGGAUGGCGUCCUGCUACGCUUCGUGGCAUUUACUUGGGCUCGCUGGCCGGGCUCAUGUUAACAAUGUUGAUCACGAUAGGAGGAAUCUACCUGGGUAGUGCAGCGAGAGGCGGACUCGCGAUCUUUAGCUCGACCGAAGACAUAGCUACGGCACAACAAGUGGCAUAUACCUUCGUGCCCAUGGUGAUGGGUGUUAUAAUCGGUGUCAUGUGGUCCUUCACUGAGGCAGCCCGCAACCGGCAUUGGGUGGCUUUUUGCGUGUCGAUCUUGAGUAUUUCAUUGCAGUUGAUACUCCCAGCAGUCCUGGGUAACCUUGUCAGCGCAGAGGUAGUCUCUAUGCAUUUCCCUCAAACGCUCAAAACUUGGCCCAAGUUUAUCAAUCUAGAUACGCAUGCAUACUGGACGUUUCACAAUAUCGCGAAUCAAGCACUCUCUAUCAACCUUGCCCAUUCGACUAACGAUGUAAUUGGGUCCAGAAGAUAUGCGAUGCCCCCCGUUCAGACAUAUUGGAAUAGUGGAUCUGAGGAGGACAUGUGGAGGCUGAACCAAUCAGUAUAUUGGGCAGAUGUAUCGUGUGCUUACAUCGACAGCGAUGGUUUACUUGCGGAGCUGUCACGUAUAGAGGGGGAUCAUGAAGCACUGCCUGUAUCUGAGCUUCUCCUGUCAGAUCAAGGCGGUACUCGACUAGCAAAUGUUGCGGGGGCUUUCGACACUUGUACCGCGCGGUCCGAUCAAGAGGAAGACAUGGACAUUCCUCAAAUACAGUAUUGGAAGCUGUUGCAAUGGAAUGAAAACCCAAAGUUCUGUGGACAAUUCGACCUCGUCGGGGUUGCAGUGCAUGCGAAUCAAGUGGUAGACGCUCAGCAUGGUUCGAGCAAGUCUUCAGACCAAUUCAGUCCAUUUGGGUGCAGCGUCGAUUAUAUGACGGCUGAGGCAGAGGUCACAUUAUAUGCGAAUGGCUCGGUCGCUUUGGUCGAUGUUCAAUCGGAUGCAGCCACAAAUCUGUCAGAGACUGGCUUUGAUACAGUAAUGUUUAGCAGCUCACUGCUGCGCAUGGCAGUCGCUACCAAUCAUAUGGAUGACCAGUACGGGAUGCUGUCCCAAGGUGAUGUAUGGUCUGAAGUUGAUGCAGCUAUCAGUCAGUCCUUCGUCCCUCUAAUGAGCCGUACCUUUGACCUUCGGCAAACUGUUCAUGUCAAGAGUAUCCGUAUCGUUCAGCGGGUCGCAUUACUUGUCCAAAAGAGUAGUGUCCUUGUAUCGGCAACGAUCCUAACGUUUGGAGUGGUACUUGUUGCGAGCCUCCUCUAUCUGUACCCACGUCGUCCGAACUUUCUGAGCGGCAACCCUGCGUCGAUUGCAUCAAUGUGUUGCAUAGCUACAGAUGUCAUCGAUGCUACAAGCCUGGAGAAGCUGUCCCAGAUGGAACUUGAAGUUUUAUCGACCCGGCAGCUUCGAUGCUUCCUGCGCAAGGGCAGCUGUAGCUGGAGGGAAACUACUCAAGGACAGCGUCUGGCUAUCUCCUUUCCUGAUAACGCCACUCCUCGAAGCCAAAAGAAGCCUCGGCGAAGGGCCGACCCUCCGCCCCCUUUCCUCAUGAUCCCUAUCUUUAUCCUGGAAAUCUCAGCCUUUCUUGCCGCACUAGGAGGCAUGCUCAUUAUCAUUUCGAAGUCCUUCCAGUACGGAUACUUCCCACCUUUGACUGAUGUUAAAGCGGACGACCUAAGAAUUAUAUGGAUGUUGCUCCCUCCCGCCAGCGCUGCUCUCAUACGGGGAUUGUAUAUAUCAGUUUACCAGAACUUCACUAUUUUGGAGCCUUGGUUCAUACUUCAAAAGGGCAACGCAACUGCUCGGUCCUCCUUUCUGCUAGACUAUGGGUCCCAGAGCCCAUUUGCCGUGGCGCUAAGGUGUUUCAAUCGUCGUUAUCUACUCCUUGGUCUUGUAUCUUUGACGUGUAUUCUCAACACGAUUCUGACUAUCCUUGCAAGCGCUCUAUUCGCCCUGGAGUACACUCCGAUGGCUACCGGCAACAUUGUCCAAUCGGAAUAUGACCAUCAAUCCUACAAUGUCGGCAAUCACACUUCGAUCUUGUCCGAGGCCGAUCUUUUCCAAAGUAGCAUCUACACUGGCAUAUCUAUACUUCCCUGGACCACUACAGCUCACUCCUUGCUUCCCGUGCAGUCGAACAUGACUGAAGACCAAUGGGCUACCAGUCCGUUAGUCGGCAUCGGCGCCAACCUAACAUGCCAACCAUUUUCUGUGGCAAACAGCCAUUCUGAAGACAUUCUUUCAGGUCCGACCUAUUGGCAAUACUCCCCAUCCGGGCAUCCGAAUAUAACUUGUCGUAUCAGUGCGCAGGAAUCAGCCCUCAGUGGCUCGAAAGCAACGUUUAACGUCGAUUUCAUUGCCCCCACCGAAUCAGACCAGAAGCACCCACUAUGCCAAAGGCCUGGCAUUCUGGUUGUUGCCCGAUCGAACGAGGCAGGUCUUGCUGAAGUUCCACCAGAAAACAUUGCUGCACUGUACUGCGAAUCCAGUGCUACAAUUCAAACCUUCCUUGCCACCUUCGACCUUCGCGGAUAUGUCGAGAUCUAUGAUACUAUGAACGGAACCGCCAUCACGGAGGGUCCCAUGCUAGCCAACGUCACUGCAAGCCUGGCUAAUUACAAUAGAGCAUUUGCGAACCCACUUCAGGCUAAUAUCACUCAAUACCCCGCGAAAGACCGUCACAAAAUACUGCAGAACUGGUUCGGACUCUUGGCAGCCCAUGUAUACAAGCAGAAGAACACGAGCGAUUCAACUACAAUCGAUAUUGACCUUUUGAUCGAGGCGGCAACCCUAGUCUAUCAGACAGUGUUUGCGACUGAUCUCACGCUCCAUCGUGACUUUCACUUCAAUCGCCUCUCUACACCCGUGUCGGUUCCCGAUGCUACUAUCUUCGAUACCUUCAUGUCCUUUAUUCCGGUUCGGCCGGCUUUCAUCGUGGUCUUCCUGAUUAUAGCCUUCGACACAUUCGUCCUAAUGUACGUGUUCAUUACAAGAAAGAGAAGGUUUGAUUUCCCCCGGAGCCCCCGAUCAAUUGGGUCCAUGCUCCCCUGGAUCGCUAAGAGUAAGAUGCUGGACGAUUUCAGAGAUACUUCUUCGUGGAGCGCAUCUGAACGGGCGGCACAUCUGAUGAAGUUAAAUAAGAGAUACGCUCUGAUCAGGACGGAUCUGGGCGAUGGGAAGGGGACGUACGCACUGGAUGAGGAGCCUAGUGUUGUAGGAGAGUGUGAUGUUCGUGAUAUACCCGCCAAGGACCCUGUUGUUCAGAUCUCGAAUCUCACUUGA